UGAGGCCAUGAUUUCAAAGCACAAAUCUUCUAAAACGUCCGAAAGAGUUGUUGACAAGCGCAUGACGUGCUCGGUGAUCCUGGAAUCCAGCGUCUAUGGUGGAAGGAUAUGAAGUAUAAAAGAGCUGUACCCUGCUCGGCAAAUUCAUCCACUCACUCACACUCCACCUCGACAUGCUUCAUUCUUCAUCCUAAUUGCGACAUAAUGCCUACUCUGACACGUAUCUGUACCGCGGUCGCAGCUCUGCUGACAAUCAAUGAAGUUCUACCGAUCGUACAAGGCGCGAAGCUACCAAAUCAGCCGCGGCCCUACCUGGUCAGCUUCGAUAAGGCAAUAGUUGAAGAUAUCCGCUUAAGGGCAUCUGAUUUCCGCCCAACUGCCAACAUCGACGUGCCGGUCUGGUCCGAUGGUGCACCAGGAUCGAACCUCACGAGCAUCGCGAAGUAUUGGGCGAGCGAAUUCGACUUUGGCAAGUUUGAAAAUGAGAUUAACAGCAAUUUUUCUCAUUACAUCACUACUGUCUCGCCUCCAGGAGAUGCUUAUAACCGCUCGCUGGAUAUCCAUUUCAUUCACCAAAUUUCCCGACGACGCGAUGCUAUCCCCAUCCUUUUCUUGCACGGCUGGCCAUCCACGAGCCUGGAAUGGACAAAGAUAAUCCCAUCUCUAGUAACACCGCCAAAUGGUUCGUUGCCGGCUUUCCAUGCGAUCGCUCCAGACUUGCCGGGAUAUGGCUUCAGUCCUGCGCCCACAGCUGGAGGCUUGGGUCCCAAGGAGCACGCCAUCGCAUUCGCAGAUCUGAUGCAACAGCUAGGUUACAACCGCUACGUGGUAUACUCCACAGAUCUAGGCUCUCCAGUGGCCCAUCAGAUUCUUGAGAAGUUUUCACAGCGGAUCAUAAACCACAUUACAGAUUUCUUCUUGAUCGCACCCAACUCGACCGACCAGGCUCGAUACGCAGCAAAAACGACCACCGCCGAGGAGACAGCCUAUAUCAACUCACUAGAUUACUUCGGGACCUAUCCACAAAUUCCAGCUGUGAUGGAGUCGAUCACAUAUAUUUACUAGCUACAUUUGGUUCGGGUACGGACCCUAAGGGGGUCGAUCACAUGGGGUCGAUCACAUAGGGAUGCCAAUGUUUAAUAAUUUCCAGAUGGGUACCCAAAAAAAGCGCAGAUUUUGGCGAUCAAACGGACAUAGUUCUCGUAAUUUUGCGACGUUGUUUGGUAUGUCGUUGUCGGGGUUGGAAGUAACGCAA